UUCAUUUCCGAUUUUAAGUUGAAAAACGAAUGAACGAAUGAUACACGGAUUGAUUUUGAUACACGGAUUAAAUCAGGCUUCAUUUUGGGAACUGUGGAAAUCAAUGGGUGACGUCAGCGAUGAUUCGUCUGUCAUCUUUAGUCUAUGGGGAAAACAAACACGCGGAGCAUGUGACAUGCAGCUGCAGUUUGAUUGGCUGUCACAGAGUUACUGCUACUACGACUGCGUGGGCGGGCGCACCAACCUCCAAGCUUCACAUCGCUGAAAGGAAGUUUUUACAAAACCAUCUGUAGUGUUAAAGGCUUAUAGAUCUUCGUUAUUAAAGGUGUAGAGGUUGAAAAUAAAAGAUCGCCUGUCAAAUUCGACUUUUCGACCAUUGCACACUCCACGCGCGUUUGGAUUCACUUUGAUAACGGUCUUUUGGAUUUUAUUCAACCACGAAACAUGACAUAAAAUAAAGUGUAAUUCCUUAAUUAAAUCAUUGUUGUGUCCCAAAUAAAAUUGAUUGUGACUGUAACGGAAAAAGUAACCUAUAAUUUAUUAUUUUCUUUAAGUUAGCUCUUUGUAAAUUGAGAUGUACGGUGGCCCCGAAGUACAAAUAACACCAACAAAUAGUAACGCAGUAAUCUAAAAACAAAAGCCAUCCAAUGUAAACAACUGGGACAUUCAUAUAAAAAGAGCGUCUUCAGCAGGAAUCUUUAUUUCCUGACAAAUCUGCAUUCAUUUGGACGGACAACUCUAACAACAAAGAAAAAAGAAAGAAUGGCCCUUUCAAGUGUGCUGAGGGAGCGUAAGGAGUCUCCAUACUUCAAACCACCAAAUCUUCAUAUAAAUGUCCUCAAAAUAAAGGAGGAAGAAAAGGUCACUGCUUGGAGCUUCACUGAAGCUACAGCAGUAGCAGCCACCACUAAGAAGAAUAGGGUGGCUGCUAUUACUGAUGGACAAACCAUAACAAAAAUUACUCUUUUUGAGGAGUUUGGGGGGAAAAUAAACGAGGGCUCCUCUUACAUCCUAAGAGGGUAUGGGCUUUUUGGGCAAAACCCUCCCUUUAACAUUAGCAUUUCCAGGCAGACCCAAUUCUUUAGAGCUUCGGACAUGUCCAUCAGUCCUGAAAUGAUUUCAGAGGGAGAAAAAAUCCUUAAUCCUCCCUCCAAGCAAGUUGAUCUGCGAAGUUGUGGAACAGAGACGGGUCUCCUGACCAUUCACGGGGAGGUGACGGAAUUCUCCAAGAUAAAGAAAGUGCAGUCUGGGAGGGAGCAGGUUCCAAUGAGGAACCUCAAGCUGCAAGAGAGUGGCUUUCAAAUGAAUAUCUGCCUCUGGAGGGAGGCAUCCACCAUUAACCUCUCUGUGGGAGACAUGGUGACCUUGACUCACAUGAAGGUUGAGUCAAGUGCAUAUGGACAGCAACUCAAGUCCACAAAGUUUUCGAAGCUGGAGGUAAGCAUUCAUGCUAUAAUUGUGAACAGACUGUUCUAUUGUAAAGACAUCAUAAGUUGUGUUUUCUCUUUGGUUUACCAGCAUGUUUCGUGAUUUAAAGGGCCUAUACCAUGCUUUAUUUAAGCCGUUCAGAGUAAAUAUAUCCGUAUAUGUGAUAAUAUAUUACCUUUGUGACAUGGAAGAAUCCUUUUUUAAAACAAUGAAAUAUGAAGUAUUUUUGCAGUACAUUUUUCUAUUCAGAAGUGAGACCCUUCGAUAUUUGAGGCUUCAGCUUUAAUUCCUUAUAGGUGCAGCCCAUUUCAUGGCGUCAACCUAGAGCCGGCUUGCCGGCUUGCCAGCAUGUCUGAGUUUUGCUCGCAAAAUCAAACAACAUUCAAAUUUUUACAAAGAUGAAUGUGGAUUUUGUGGAGCCUUAAAAAUCAGUUGUGCAAUUGCUGCUAGCUUUAUGGAGAAGGUGUAUGUGUUAGGGACAGCAUGGCAGUGCAGACUCUUCCUGCAAGUUGGUGUUCUUCACUUUUCUACAUCACAUUGUAAGAACCCACUUGUUUCCGUGGAUAUGGGAGGGGCUGGAGCUCACAUGGUUUGAGAAGUUUACUCAAAAAUGCUUAAAUGGUUUAAAUGACCGCUUUGGUUUGUUUUUUUUUAAUAGUGAGGAAUAAACAUUAUAGUACACUAAAAAGUUAAAAUGUUCAUUUUGGAUGGUAUGGGCUCUUUAAGUAGAUCACCAAUGACUUAUGUGUAUCUUUUACUUUCAUGCAGGUUCAUGAAACAUCUCCGAUUUAUUCAUUUUGCAAAACCUGGUCUAAAACAUAAAUUGUUAUACAAAGUCAGGCUCCUGGACUCUUAUCACAGUUUGAAUUGUAAUUAUAAGUCAUUCUUUGCACUUAGAAAGCAGGUUAAAAAUCAAGGCAUGAAGAAAUACUGACCACGUUUUACUGUGAAUUUAUUUGAUCAAAAAAUAUAUUUGCUGUUUCUUCUCAAGCUUUACUAAACAGAAAUGAAAUAUGUUUGCUCUAUGCAUUUCAUCAGCACCAAAAGGAAAAAUUAAUGUU